GGGAUUUCCUGUUUUUGCCAGAGGAACAGUGCAAAAGGGGAACCUCGACUCGGAGAAGGGACGAGAAUAAAUAAAUAAGGAGCAGCCAUAAAAUAAAGGUAGCGGCAUAUCCCGGCAGCGAGAAGACCACUGAGCUAUAUAUUUUGAAGAUAAGAUAAUUUCUGUUUGUGGGGGAAAGGAAGAGUGAGUAACCUCCAUGGAAGACUCUCAGGAUCUAAGUGAACAGUCAGUAAAGAAAACGUGUACAGAAUCAGAUGUUUCAGAGCCCCAGAAUUCGAGGUCUAUGGAAAUGCAAGAUCUAGCAAGUCCCCAUAAUCUUGUUGGAAGUAGUGAUGCACCAGGUAGUUCCAAACUGGAUAAAUCUAAUCUCAGUAGCACAUCAGUUACAACAAAUGGAACUGGAGGAGACAACAUGACUGUUUUAAAUACUGCAGACUGGUUGCUGAGUUGCAGUACUCCCUCUUCUGCAACAAGUAUGAGAGAUUCUGGUACAGUGCAUGUUACAACAUUACAUAAUUACCUGAGCACAAAUCAAGUGUCUCUUCUUGCAGUCAAAACAGAACCCAUGAACAACAGUGAAACAGCAACAACAACUGGAGAUGCAUCGCUUGACACUUUUACUGGGUCAGUAAUAACAAGUAGCGGCUACAGUCCAAGAUCAGCACAUCAGUACUCUCCGCAGAUAUAUCCCUCCAAGCCCUAUCCACACAUUCUUUCUACACCAGCAGCUCAAACAAUGUCUGCCUAUGCUGGACAAACCCAGUAUUCAGGAAUGCAGCAGCCAGCGGUCUAUACAGCCUACUCACAGACAGGACAGCCGUACAGCUUACCUACUUAUGAUUUGGGUGUAAUGUUGCCAGGCAUCAAGACGGAAAGUGGGCUCUCGCAGACACAGUCACCACUGCAGAGUGGGUGCCUCAGUUACAGUCCAGGGUUUUCCACCCCACAGCCAGGCCAAACACCAUAUUCUUACCAAAUGCCAGGUUCUAGUUUUACACCAUCAUCCACUAUUUAUGCAAACAAUUCAGUUUCAAAUUCUACAAACUUCAGUAGCUCACAACAGGAUUAUCCAUCCUACACAGCUUUUGGCCAAAACCAAUAUGCACAGUAUUAUUCAGCAUCAACAUAUGGCGCAUAUAUGACCUCAAACAAUACGGCCGAUGGCACCUCUUCAUCAUCAUCAACCUACCAGUUACAGGAGUCUCUCCCUGGCCUGACUAGUCAACCAGGUACAGAUCUACAUUCAGGGGAGUUUGACACAGUACAGAGUCCCUCAACGCCAAUCAAAGAUCUUGAUGAGAGAACAUGUAGGAGUUCUGGGUCUAAGUCCCGGGGUAGAGGACGGAAGAAUAAUCCAUCACCCCCUCCGGACAGUGACUUGGAGCGUGUAUUUGUUUGGGAUUUGGAUGAAACAAUCAUAGUUUUUCAUUCGCUGCUGACAGGAUCCUAUGCACAGAAGUAUGGCAAGGAUCCUCCAAUGGCAGUGACCCUUGGUCUGCGAAUGGAAGAAAUGAUUUUUAAUCUUGCUGAUACGCAUUUAUUUUUUAAUGACUUGGAGGAGUGUGAUCAAGUUCAUAUAGAUGAUGUUUCUUCUGAUGAUAAUGGACAAGAUCUAAGUACCUACAGUUUUGCAACUGAUGGCUUCCAUGCAGCUGCAAGUAGUGCAAACCUUUGUCUGCCAACAGGUGUAAGAGGAGGGGUUGACUGGAUGAGGAAGCUGGCUUUCCGUUACAGAAGAGUAAAAGAGUUGUAUAAUACUUACAAGAACAACAUAGGAGGUCUCCUUGGUCCUGCUAAAAGAGAUGCGUGGUUGCAAUUAAGAGCAGAGAUUGAAGCUCUAACAGAUUCCUGGCUAACAAAUGCGCUUAAAUCAUUAUCAAUUAUCAGCACAAGGAGUAACUGUGUAAAUGUGUUGGUAACAACAACCCAGCUUAUUCCAGCACUUGCGAAAGUCCUGCUAUACAGCUUAGGAGGAGCUUUUCCUAUUGAAAAUAUUUACAGUGCAACCAAAAUAGGAAAAGAAAGUUGCUUUGAACGAAUAAUGCAAAGGUUUGGCAGAAAAGUAGUAUAUGUUGUAAUUGGGGAUGGUGUAGAAGAAGAACAGGCAGCAAAAAAGCACAACAUGCCUUUCUGGAGGAUAUCCAGUCAUUCGGACCUCUUGGCGCUCCAUCAAGCACUGGAACUAGAGUAUUUGUAACUGUGUUCUAAAG